AUGAGAGUACAUCUUCAUAAUGAUGUAGAUUCGGGACUUUACGCAGAAUUGUUGUUAAAAAUUGGUGAUGGUUGUUUAGAAGUUGACGCUGAAGGUUAUAUAUCACUAUCAAGAGGAUUUUGUGAUUUAGUAGAAAAUGAUGUGGAUCUCAUUGCUCAUGUUUUUCCGGAAUUGCAACAAAAUUUAAGUUGUGAUCAGUGGUUGUGCGCAAGAGCAAUAUUAGCACCAAAAAAUGAAGUAGUUAAUAGGAUUAACACCGACAUUUUAAAAGAGGUGCAAGGAGAAAUGAAGGAAUAUUUAUCAAUGGAUACAAUUAUGAAUACGGAACUGAGUACUUCAUAUUCCGUGGAGUUUUUGAAUUCACUUGAACUGUCGGGUGUACCAUCACAUAACAUUCAAUUGAAACUAAAUGUACCAGUUAUGCUUAUGCGAAAUCUAAAUUCUCCUCUGCUAUAGUAG